UUGUAAUUCCCAGUUUGAGAGACUGGGGGUACCCUUUCCCCAUCCAGCUGGAAAACUUCAUUUUUUGGAGCUGCUGCAUCACGCAGGCUGUUAGAGACGCUUAUGAGAGAUUAUAUCCAUAUUUUUGGGCGAUAGCUGUAAAAGCGCCUCUAAACUGAAGCCUAUUAGGGCUCAUUACGCGACAAAAACACACACAAUGAAGAGCGGACAACUGAGACCGUUCGGCUAAUGUUAACAUUCCGCGAUGGAAAGUUCGUGUGUCACUUAAAAAGGAUUUAAAACUGGGAUAAAUGGUGGAAUAAUGCUGCGAAAACCGUAUCUGUUCCACCACAGAGGGGAUGAUGAGACCACUGACUCUGGAGCGGAGACUGCAGGAUCGGACUGCAGCAAAAUGUCCGGCAGUAGCGCGCUUUCUAUAAUCCUCCCCCUUCCCCGCCUCUGCCUCUUUGUGAUUAGCUGACCUCAUGGCAGGCUUGGGUCAGGAGCCCCCGCUGGUCACCAUGCACCUGCUGGCCAACCCUGGAGACUCUCUCCUCCUGCAGCACACCCUGGACCGCCUCCUCAAGUGGGUGUGCCCAGGCCUGCGCCUCUUCCACGUGUCCGAGCGCGCCUGUCCGGUGCGUGACUACACCCUGCCGCCUGUGGCCGGCUACCCGUCGUUGGCAGUCACCCUCUUCCUGCACGAGUCAUACGGAGAGGAGCGGAUCCUCCGGGUUUUGGAUUUCCUCCAGUGUCCGCCGUGGCAGUACCACCACACGGAGAGCUGCGGGAGCAGGGCAGGGCAGGGCGUCCAUAUCAGCUCUGCCAGCUCGCCCUCCAACGCCCUGCUGCGGCCCUACCUGCUGCCCAGCCGGGACUUCUACAGCUUGGGCGCGGGCAUGCCGGUGUGGGGGGUGCGGCCGGUGCACUGCGGAGGGGAGGUGGUACGGCUGACGCUGCACAGCAGCUACGACAACUUUGAGGACGCCGUGCGGCUCUACGAGACGGUGCUGCGGAUGCGGGCUGAGGAGCAGAAGGCCGGGUUCUGCUGGUUCACCCUGCUGACCGAGAGGGGGCUCAGUCUGCAGCUCGCCCUCAAACAGCUCUCGCCCGGGGUCAGGGUGGAGCCGUGCCACUCCGCCGUGCUGCAGUUCAGGGUGGGCGAGAUUGGGCAACUGGUUCCUCUUCUGCCCAACCCCUGCUCGCCAAUCAGCACCACCCGCUGGCAGACUGAGGACCUGGAUGGCAACAAGAUCCUCUUUCAGGUUAAAGGAGCAGCGCAGCCGCCAAGACUCUUCACCUCAGCCUUCCCCCUCAGCUGCCCCAGCCUGCCGCCGCGAUCGCUGCUGAAGUGCCCGGUGCCCACCCAGCUCCACUCGGCCAUUCCCGGCUCCUUCAGCAAGCUGUCCCAGCUGAAGGAACGCGCUCUGACCAAGCUGCCUUCAGACUGCUGCCCUGGAGUCCAGAGACUAGGAGGAGAGAGUCUGGGAUCGGGCAGCGCCUGCAGCACCCCUCCAGGGAGUUCCUGCUAUUCCUCCCAGCGCAGCAGCCCCGCCGCCCUGUCCGUCAACCCCUCCAUCACCCGCCUUCUCCUGGAGGAACCGGAGGAAGAGGAGGAGCCGGAGACCAACGUGGAUACGGGGCGAGCCGUCAGCCCCCAGGUUCAGAGACCUGCCGCUGUAGGGGCAUCGGCUCUGGAGACGCUGGCCAGGGACCUGCAGCACGGCCUGGCAGAGGCACCGAGGAGUCCGCCAGAGCCGGCAGCACAGCCUCUGGAGCCUGCAGAACAAGUGGACGAGUUCUUCAUCUGACCGAAUUCCGAAUGUAGAAAAUACGUGUGUCUGUUUCAGACCUCUUUAGGAAACGAUUCACGACAUCAUUAAAAGUCUUUGAUCACA